GCGGCCACACCCCCGGGGAGAGGCCGGGUGGCGUCCGCAGGACGCGGGUCUCCCAGUCUAACUCCUCUGCACAGAGUUCCCGCCGACAUUAUCCUCCAGGCCACCCUGCCCGCGAACCAGCAGGUCCCACGGACCCUCGGAAAGGCAGGGGGUCGGCCUCGGAGCAGCGGGACGGUCCUCGGAGGGCGCCCUCCAGGCCGAAGCCACCUUCUAAGACCCCGGACAUGGCCCGCGGCGGCGGUCAGAACUGGAGUUCCGGGGAGUCGGAUGGGCAGCCGGAGGAGCAGGCGCCCGAGGAUACCGGAGACAAGAUGGUGAAGGAGACCCAGUACUAUGACAUCCUGGGGGUGAAGCCCAGCGCCUCCCCGGAGGAGAUCAAGAAGGCCUAUCGGAAGCUGGCGCUCAAGUACCACCCGGACAAGAACCCGGAUGAGGGCGAGAAGUUCAAGCUCAUAUCCCAGGCAUAUGAAGUGCUUUCAGAUCCAAAGAAAAGGGACAUUUAUGACCAGGGCGGAGAACAGGCAAUUAAAGAAGGAGGUGCAGGUGGCCCCAGCUUCUCUUCACCCAUGGACAUCUUUGACAUGUUCUUUGGUGGUGGAGGACGGAUGGCUAGAGAGAGAAGAGGCAAGAAUGUUGUGCAUCAGUUGUCUGUAACUCUUGAAGACUUGUAUAAUGGAGUCACAAAGAAAUUGGCCCUCCAGAAAAAUGUGAUCUGUGAGAAAUGUGAAGGCAUUGGUGGGAAGAAGGGAUCGGUGGAAAAGUGCCCGAUAUGCAAGGGGCGAGGGAUGCAGAUCCACAUCCAGCAGAUCGGGCCGGGCAUGGUGCAACAGAUCCAGACUGUGUGCAUUGAGUGCAAGGGCCAGGGUGAGCGCAUCAACCCCAAGGACCGAUGCGAGAGCUGCAAUGGCGCCAAGGUGAUCCGUGAGAAGAAGAUUAUCGAGGUACAUGUUGAAAAAGGUAUGAAAGAUGGGCAAAAGAUACUGUUUCAUGGAGAAGGAGAUCAGGAGCCUGAGCUGGAGCCCGGUGAUGUCAUAAUUGUGCUGGAUCAGAAGGAUCAUAGUGUCUUUCAGAGACGAGGCCAUGACUUAAUCAUGAAAAUGAAAAUUCAGCUUUCUGAAGCUCUUUGUGGCUUCAAGAAGACAAUAAAAACCCUGGAUGAUCGAAUUCUUGUUAUUCCAUCCAAAUCAGGUGAGGUGAUAAAGCAUGGGGAACUGAAAUGUGUGCGAAACGAAGGAAUGCCCAUUUACAAAGCCCCCCUGGAAAAAGGGACUCUGAUCAUACAAUUUUUAGUACUCUUUCCUGAAAAACACUGGCUUUCUCCAGAAAAGCUUCCUCAAUUGGAAGCUUUGCUCCCUCCUCGACAGAAAGUGAGGAUCACAGAUGACAUGGAUCAGGUGGAGUUGAAGGAGUUUAACCCCAGUGAGCAGAACUGGCGCCAGCAUGGGGAGGCCUACGAGGAGGAUGAUGACGGGCCCCGGGCUGGAGUGCAGUGCCAGACAGCGUGACGUGGCACACUACAGCGCCGCCCGCCAGACUAGCACACGAUGAAUGUAAAGUCGGCACAAUGAAAAUGGCAUCGCUUUAAUGGCCUCGUGUCUGGGGUGUCCUGUGUAUGUGCUCAGCAUUCAAUUGCUGAGUGUCUUUUUGGUUUUUCUUUUGGUUGUAACUGACUGCCCUCUUAGUGCAGCCGGCAGAGCGUCAGUCUCAUAAUCUUUUGGUUGUAACUUAAGUUAUAGCUUAAUUUAUAUUUAAAUGUUUUAAGUGUGAAUCACCUCUAGUCUGCAUAUGGAAUCUGUUCAUUUACAUUUUCAAGAUAUACUUUUGAGAUGCCAGGGACUACCUGGCUUUGCCGUAAUUCAGUCCCACCAGUAAAGCACAGCCCGGAUAGCAGCAGUUAGCCCCCUAGCAAACUCCAAGGCACAAAGUGGUUGUCCUGGCCCGUCUGCAGGUCUGUGGUUUCUUUCCCCUCCCUCUGCAGAGUUACUAGGGUGUAAUCUCAGGGCUGCUAAUAUGACAUUUCUGAAUCUGGACUGUAGAUAGUCCUCUUAAAGAAUAAAAGCACAUCUUUGCCUUGGACUUGACUUCACAUGCCUAGUUAG